GAGAGAGAGAGAGAGACGCUUUUUGUUGAUCGUUUUAGAGAGAGAAAGAAAGAGAGAGAGAGAGAGGGGGUAGGUUCCUAAGAAUCUCCACUCAUUUUCGCAUUUAAAAACUCAAGAGAAGUUAGCUUCCUUUCUCUCCCAAAAGCCAUUUCAAGUUUUGUUCUGUGUGUAGGGUUUUUUUUUUAGGUUUUGCUGUUUCCAUUUUGCCUAUCAAUUGAUCGAUCUGAUAUUAGCAGAGAAGAGCAAGGAACGUUUAUUGUGAGUAAUGGCGUCCUCUUCUCUCCUCAGAUCUACAGCCCCUCUUCUUCGACCCUCAGGAGUCUCUUCACUCCCGCCGUCUGACGGAACAAGCAAGGUGUCAUCAGUUGGUUUCAAUCGCAUUCUUAAUUCUACAAAGUUCCAGUCGAGCAUUUCCGGCGUUGCUGUUCCUGGCGAGUAUUCCUUACAAAAAUGCAGUGCUCGGAGCUUCCAGCCCAUCAAAGCCACGGCCACUGAAGUGCCUCCAACAAUUCAGAAAUCACGAAGCAGUGGAAAGACAAGGCUCGGAAUCAAUGGUUUUGGACGUAUUGGAAGGUUGGUUUUAAGAAUAGCAAUUUCUAGGGAUGAUAUUGAUGUGGUAGCAGUCAAUGAUCCAUUUAUUGAUGCUAAGUACAUGGCUUACAUGUUGAAGUAUGAUUCUACUCAUGGAAACUUCAAGGGAUUUAUCAAGGUCUUGGAUGAGUCCACUUUGGAAAUCAAUGGAAAGAAGGUUAAAAUUAUAAGCAAAAGGGACCCAGCUGAGAUUCCUUGGGGUGAUUAUGGGGCUGAUUAUGUGGUUGAAUCUUCUGGGGUUUUCACAACAUUGGAAAAGGCUUCAGCACAUAAAAAGGGUGGUGCCAAGAAGGUGGUAAUUUCAGCUCCAUCGGCUGAUGCACCUAUGUUUGUGGUAGGAGUAAACGAGAGCACAUACAAGCCAAGCAUGGAUAUUGUUUCUAAUGCAAGCUGUACUACCAAUUGCCUUGCACCACUUGCCAAGGUGGUUCACGAGGAAUUUGGUAUCCUUGAGGGUUUAAUGACCACUGUGCAUGCAACCACUGCGACACAAAAGACUGUUGACGGCCCUUCAAUGAAGGAUUGGCGAGGGGGCCGAGGAGCUGGCCAAAAUAUUAUCCCUAGUUCAACUGGUGCUGCAAAGGCUGUUGGAAAAGUUCUUCCAGAACUCAACGGCAAGCUCACUGGAAUGGCUUUCCGUGUUCCAACACCCAACGUCUCUGUUGUGGACUUGACUUGUCGACUUGAGAAAAGUGCUUCGUAUGAAGAUGUCAAAGCAGCCAUAAAGUAUGCCUCAGAGGGUCCACUGAAAGGAAUUCUUGGAUACACGGAUGAAGAUGUAGUCUCCAAUGAUUUUGUUGGUGACUCAAGGUCAAGCAUAUUUGAUGCAAAAGCUGGGAUAGGGCUAAGUGCCUCUUUCAUGAAGCUUGUUUCGUGGUACGACAACGAAUGGGGCUACAGCAACCGAGUUCUGGACUUGAUAGAGCACAUGGCACUGGUAGCUGCCACCAACUAAGAAUCAUUAGAGCCAGCUUCUGCAACAAUUUUAAGCAGACGCAAUGAGUUUAGGAUAAAGAAAUAGUUAUAAAUCCGAUAAGAGUGAGUUUGUGUUUGAAUGGCUUUUGUUUGUCAACAUGUAAGCAUUAAACACCGAAUGGUGGGAUUGGGACCUAAAAAUAAUGAAUGCUCUGUGUGUACGAGCUCAUUUUGGCAAUACACGCCCCUUCUAUAAUAUGUUAUCUUAUUUAUUUAUUCA